AUGGCAUCCUUUGCAUCGCGAAGGCUUCAGAAGGAGAGAGCUGAGUGGCGGAAAGAUCAUCCAUUUGGGUUCUCGGCUAAGCCUAUGGCUAAUCCUGAUGGGAAAGGUCAGAACCUCUUUCGAUGGAUUUGUGGUAUUCCUGGUCGGGCUGGAACGCCGUGGGAGGGCGCGACAUACAAAUUAACGAUGGACUUCUCUGAAGAUUACCCUGGCAAACCGCCCAAGUGCAAGUUCGUGUUUGUGAAUGGGAAGGUACUCUUCCAUCCAAAUAUAUACCCAUCUGGAACAGUGUGUCUGAGUAUUCUCAACGAGGAUGAGGACUGGAAGCCAUCUAUUACGAUUAAGCAGAUCUUGUUGGGCGUCCAGGACCUUCUGGACAAUCCCAACUCGGCUAGUCCUGCUCAGGCGGAGCCCUUCCAGCUUUUUACACAGAAUAAAGAGGAGUACCUCCGUCGUGUGAAGCAGCAAGCGAAGGACGUCGCCAAUGGGGGACAGAGAGUAACUCACUAG